UAGAAUAAUUCGUCGCCUACUUUACUCCAACUGCGUCAGUAGCUUAAAGUGUGAUUUGGUCCUUAGAGACAAAACAGCUGUUAAAUCCACAGAACAUGCGUACAUUCCAAAAUGAGCCUCUUCGUUUUGUUCACGUUGUCUUCAUUCUUCGUGUCAGGUGCCUCUGGUGUUGAUACAGACAGAGUCUCAGUGUCUGUGAAGGAGGGAGAAUCAGUCACUCUACACACUGGUGUUGAAACAAACCAACAAGACAGAAUUAAAUGGUAUUUUAAUGAUACUCGCAUCGCUCAACUGAUUGGAGAUCGGAGUAAGAUCUGUACAGAUGUUCAGUGUAAAGAGAGAUUCAGAGACAGACUGAAGGUGGAUCAUCAGACUGGAUCUCUGACCAUCAUGAACACCAGAACCACAGACUCUGGAGUUUAUAAACUACAGAUCUUCAGGAGAAGAGUCAUUCAAAAGAUAUUCAAUAUUGCAGUUUGUGAUGUUCCGGGUGCAGAGACAGAUAAAAUGAAGACAAAGUCAGUGAAGGAGGGAGAAUCUGUCACUUUAGAUCCUGAUGUAAUAAAAAGCCCAGAUGAUGUGAUGACGUGGCAUUUUAAUGACGAGCUCAUCGCUGAAAUCACCAGAGAUCACCAAAAGAUCUGUGAAGAUGUUAAGUGUAAUAGUACUGGGAGAUUCAGAGACAGACUGAAGCUGGACAAUCAGACUGGAUCUCUGACCAUCACAAAUAUCACAACCACAGACGCUGGAGUUUAUGAACUACAGAUCAACAGCUGCAUCCAGCCUCAUUACAGCAUCAUCAGCGUUAAGAGAUUCAGCCUUACUGUCACUGAUGCGUCCGGUGUUGAAACAGAUGGCAUGACAGCAAAUGUGAUGGAGGGAGAUUCAGUCACUCUACACACUGAUGUUAAGAUGAACCACCAAGACAGGAUUAGAUGGUAUUGUAAUAAGACUCUCAUCGCUCAAAUCAUUGGAGAUCAGAGUAAAAUCUGUACACUUGAUCAGUGUAAAGAGAGAUUCAGAGACAGACUGAAGCUGGACAAUCACACAAGUGAUCUCACCAUCACAGACAUCAGAACCACAGACGCUGGAGUUUAUAAACUACAGAUCAUCAGCAGAAGAGUCAUUCAUAAGAUCUUCAACGUUGCUGUUCAUAGUGUUCCUGCUAAUGAGCGAGAUAAAGUGAAGAGUAAGUCAGUGAUGGAGGGAAAAUCUGUCACUUUACAUCCUGGUGUAAUUAAAAACCCAAAUCAUGUGAUGACGUGGCAUUUCAGUGACAUUCCCAUCGCUGAAAUCACCAGAGAUCAGAGUAAGAUCUGUUCAGAUGAUGAGAGAUUCAGAGACAGACUGGAGAUGAAUAAUCAAACUGGGUCUCUGACCAUCAUGAACAUCAAAACCACACACUCUGGAGAAUACAAAGUGAAGAUCGUCCACAGCAUCAGCCACCGCCACCGCAUCAGCAUCAUCAGCAUAGAGACAUUCAGUGUCACUGUCAUUGAAUCAAGUACGCCUUCAGGUCUUAAUGCAGGAAUAUGUGUCGUAUGUGCUGUUGUUGCUCUUCUCCUGCUGCUGGCUGUAACUGUUGCAUGUUCAAAGCACUCUUGCAGAAGGGUCUGUAAACAUGGUCGAUUUAAAAAAAGAAAACUUUCUGGAAGAACAUCAGUGUGAAUUGAUGUUGUAGUCACUUUUGUAGACCACCAAGACCAAAGCAGGGAGUGACUGUCCAUGCAAUCAUGUCCUUGCGGGGCCAUAUCUGGCUCUUAGCGGGGAAAUAGUUGGCUCGGGCCAGCCCACCCCAAACCUAAACAGACCCAGUGCAAGGCACUCAGCUUUGGCCUCACCGCAGUCCCAACGAUUAAUCCCACGAUUGCCCAGUGUGGGCCAGGCAUGAGUGAGUUAAUAAGAAUUUUGUUGGCAGUUUUCUUUCUCUCCACUAGGAAUGCUAGAGUGAUUAAGUCUUCCUUAUGUAAACCUGUGUGGUAAAGGUUCCUGCCCAACUGAGCGGUUUUGAAUGUGAUGGUGCGGGUAAAAUUUAGCUUGGACAAAAUUUGGGCUGGUUUGGGGUCAGUUUCUGUGGUUUUCAAACAUAUACAUUGUGGUGGUGUUAGCGCAGUGGAUAAGAAACAUGCCUUUGGUGUGAGAGACUUGGGUUCAAAUCCACUGUGAGACACCAAUGUGUCUGAGCAAGACACUUAACCCCUAGCUGCUCCAGAGACGUGCGACCUCUGACAUAUAUAGCAAUUGUAAGUCGCUUUGGAUAAAAGUGUCAGCUAAAUGAAUAAAUGUAAAUUGUAUAGGCUAACUGGCUUAAAAACAGUCCCAAAUGUGCAUCUACUGCACGCAAACAGUCAUCACAAUGUUAGAAACACAGGUGUGCUGAAGCUGAUGCCAAUCAAUAAAAAACAUUUAACAUUUAUAAAAUUAGAUAACGGUUCUCAUUUUAAAUGUAUGAACUGUAUGAGUGAUCAUAAUGCCUAAAUAUAAGUUACAUGAUAUAUAUAUAUAUAGGAUAUGGAUGGAGAUUAGUAUUGUUGUUGUAAUCUUUUUUUUUUUUUUAUUGUCGGAUUAAUGAAUGACGGCUCAGUUUUGACUGUCAUAUGUAUGCAUAAACAAAUGUGAAAUACCUAAUUAGGUUGAUUUUUCCUAUUACUUAUAUUGGGAACUUUUUUGCAUUUAGAUUCUGACUGUUGACAUUGAAAAUAAUGCAAUUUUUUUUCGAGGGUAUAUGUAGAUUACUUGAAUGAACAUUGAAAAUAAUGAUUUUUUUUUUUUUUUUUGGUCAUUCUCUUUAAUCUUUAAUGCUCAUAGCAACCAUUGAGUGACUAUUCAGUCACAUUAUCUUUACAGUUAAAGUUUUGGACUGUUUUUUUUUUUAUUAUUAUUAUUAUUGGAGUGGGAAGGUUUUUGUGAGCUUUUGGCUGUGAAUUGACCAUCCAAUCUGGCAACACUGAGAGAGAGUUAGUAAUAGAAAGCAACAGGAACCAGCGGGGCUCUCCUUAUAGUAAAAAUUAUGGAGCAUAUUAAACAGACUAAAUGGACCACUUAUAACAUGUUUCUGCAGUUGUUUUUGAAAUAUAAAAAUAUAUAUAUUGUACUUUUUUUUGCUUUACCACAACAUAUAUCAAAACAACAUAACUGUGACAUUACAAAAAAUUGUAUUUUUGUAAAAAAAAAAAAUUAUAUAUAUAUAUAUUUUUUUUUUCAAGUGGUUUAAGAUUGAAUCAUGUACUUUCAUGUCUACGUUCAAAAGGGGGGGGGGGUUGACAGUUACGAGGUUAAAAUAGGGAUAAACAUGUGAUAUAUAUAAUUUUUUUUUAUGUUUACUUUUGUUAAAAUAUGCUUUGAAAUGAGCAGCAGUAAAACACUAAAACAAUUGAAACAGCUAUAUUAACUGAGCAGCUCAUUAACAUUUUACUUAAUGUGUUAAAUACACCACAUCAAACUUCCACCUAACGUAACUGUUUUAAGGUUAACAGACCAACAACAGUUGCAUGGGUUGAAACACACCUUUAGUUUUGAUGCCAAAUCACUGAACAUGUGAGACACAGAAUCAUUUAUUCACUGGUUUCAUUGGAAGUGGCUGAUUUCAUUUUGUGAUGACUGAACUUUAGGCUAAGGCUAUGAAAUAAAUGAAUACCGUGAGCAAUUAUCAUAACUGUGUGAUGAAGAUGAUUUGUUUUUGUGAUGUAAAUGUUUUUGAAGAGCUGAAAUACUGUCAAAAGCCAAACUCCUCUCAGAAGCCUGUGUUAGGAUCUUAUGAUGUAAAUAAGAACCAGUCAUGGAUUAUAAUUUCAUUAAUGUUUACAAUUUUUAGCACAGAACAUUUCUGACAUAGUUUUGGUUUUCUUUAACUUUGCAUGUAAAUGAAAAAGGAACCUAAAAAAAAAAUUGUAUGCUUGUGAUAAAUGCAAUUAAAACAGAUCUGAUUCAUUUACAACAGCUGGA